AUGAAUCCCAUGUUGUUGAGAAAACUGCAACAUGUUCCAGAAGCAGAUAGUUCUGAUGAUGUCACACAUAGUCCUAUGAAAAUAUCUGAUAAUUCUGUAAUAGAGAAACAUGAAAAUUCCAUAGCAGAAAAAACAGUAUCAAGUAAACAUGUCAAACCAAAACCUUCUAUGUUUAAAACAACACAAAAGUCAAAAAUUCGAUUUAUUCAGUCUUCAGAUAGUGAAGAUGAUAUAAUAAAACCACAUUUGAGUUUAAACAGAAAGAACAAAAUUCUGAAUGACAGUAAACAAGAAUCUGGAUCUAGUCAAUAUUUUCCAACUCUAAAGAGGGAGCUGAAUAGCUUACCCAAUGUAUCAUCAUUAGUUUCACCUGGAAGUGAUAUCUGUACAAAUGAGGUAGAUGAAAAGGAAGCAAUAGAAAGCGAUGGACCACAAACUCCAAGAAAACUUAUAAGAACUAGAAAGAGAGAAAAUAUUGUGCUAUCAGAUACUGAUAGUAAUAGUCCAAAUUUUAAAAGUAGUCCCAAGGGACCUCUGAAAAAUAAAUGGGCAGGACCAGAUUUCAAAUUGAAUUUAAAGCCUUUAGGCUUAGGAAAACAAUUGGAUUCUUGGAUUCAGUCUACAAAAGCGAAACCUGUAAUGUCUUCAGUACCUGUCACAAAGAAUAAGUUAGAAGAUAGAUGCAAACAUUUAAAGGACUUACAAAUAGAAACUCUUGAAAAAUUUUAUAAUGCAUUAGAUCAAAUUCCACUGCCCGUUUUAGAAAAUUUCCCAAAUUUUAAUGCACGUACGUAUCAAGACUUAAAAAUUCUGUAUCAACACAUUAAAGCAAAAGUGCGCCUAACUGAAACGAAAUUGACACACUUACAAAAUGAAGAAGAUCAGAAACUUGCCAAUGAAAAGGUCUAUGAAAAUAUAAAUAGUUAUAGAGACAGUUCUAUGUUACCUACAAUGCCAGGAACUUUAAAUCAGCAAUCAAUACUAAGCAUUUCGGAUAAUGAUAGUUUUAAUUUGUCUACUAUUAGUUUGUCCGAUUCGAAUUGUGUCAAUGUCAUGAAAAUGGAAAAUACAUUUUCACCAGCAGCAAAAGAAUUGUGUCCAACUUUGGAGAAGAGGAAUGAAUCACAAGUAAAAGAACAGAAGGAUAAUAAUACCCUAUAUUCUUCACCAAUUCAAGCUAAAUCGUACGAUUCUAUAGCUCAAGGAAAAAAAAGUACAUUUCAAUUGAAAAGACCUAUUAAAGCAACUUUAGGAACACAAGUCUCUAAGAAGAUAGGAGAGAUUUGGGAAAAAGAAGAAAAGUCUAGAACUAUCAAUACUAAACCAAUAGUUUCUAGUCUUGAUGUACACGCAACAGCUAACAAUGUAUAUAAAGAUGAAAGAGUUGAAAGUAAUGAAAGUAUACAUCUUUUACAGAAAAACGAGAAAAACAGUUUUCAAUUCAGUGAAAAGUUGAAGCAUGAAAAUACUCUGAAUGAUUGGAAUGACACACUGGAUACAUGCGGUAAUACCUCAUACUCUGAAGACAUAGUGGACUGUUUAACUCAAGAACUUGAACAGUUCCCGGAAUUAAAUAAAGAUUGCAACGUAAAGUCGAGCUGGAAUUCUUCGGGAAUUGGAACAGGAGCAACACAAAAUACCAAUGUUAAAGGGAAUAGUAAUGAAGAUAAUACAGAAGGGAUGAAGUCAAGUAAAAAGAAAUUAGAAGUGGGUAAUUUUACUGGAAAUUAUAAAAACGAUGGCAUCAGUGGUGAAUUUGAUGGUUUAAAUUAUCCAUAUUCACGAGAAAUGUUAAAGAUUUUUAGACAAAAAUUUGGAUUAUAUUCAUUCAGACCGAAUCAAUUGCAAGCAAUUAAUGCUGCACUUUUGGGGUUUGACUGUUUUGUGUUAAUGCCAACUGGAGGAGGAAAAUCCUUAUGUUAUCAGUUACCAGCGCUUUUGUUACCUGGCGUAACAAUUGUAAUUUCUCCAUUAAAGAGUCUUAUUCUUGAUCAAGUUCAGAAGCUCACAUCCCUUGAUAUUCCAGCUGCACAUAUGUCUGGAACACAGACAGAUAGUCAGGUGGAAGGAAUAUAUAGAGAACUUUCGAAGAAAGAACCAGCCCUUAAAUUACUAUAUGUAACACCAGAAAAAAUAUCAGCAUCACAAAAAUUUUGUAAUCUUCUAGCUACAUUGUAUGGUAGAGGCUUAUUAGCAAAAUUCGUUAUUGAUGAAGCACAUUGUGUAAGCCAAUGGGGUCACGAUUUUCGACCUGAUUACAAAAGAUUGAAGUGCCUUAGAGAAAAUUAUCCUAAAGUGCCCACAAUUGCUCUAACAGCAACGGCUACGCCAAGAGUUAGAACCGAUAUACUGCAUCAGUUAGGUCUUACGAAACCAAAAUGGUUUAUGUCGAGUUUCAACAGGCCAAAUUUAAGAUAUAGCAUAAUUGCAAAGAAAGGGAAGAAUUGUGCAGAGGAAGUAAUAGGUUUGAUACAAACAAAAUAUAAAUCGGAAUGCGGUAUUGUAUAUUGUUUGUCUCGUAAAGAUUGUGACACCUAUGCUAUGCAAAUGAAGAAGAAUGGCAUCCGAGCAUUAAGUUAUCAUGCUGGGCUUACAGAUAAUAUGCGAAGUGACACACAAGGUCGUUGGAUUUCGGAAGAAAUUAAAGUAGUCUGUGCAACAAUAGCAUUUGGAAUGGGCAUUGACAAACCAAAUGUGCGUUUUGUAAUACAUGCAACUCUUCCGAAAUCAAUUGAAGGUUACUAUCAAGAAAGUGGUCGCGCUGGUCGAGACGGAGAAAAUGCAGACUGUAUUUUAUUUUACAAUUAUGCUGACAUGUAUAGAAUAAGGAAAAUGGUUGAAAUGGAUAAUCAAAAUCCUGAUGUAAUAAAAACUCAUAUGGAUAAUUUAUUUAAAAUGGUGUCGUUUUGUGAAAACAAAACGGAUUGUCGCAGAACAUUGCAACUGAAUUAUUUCGGAGAAUUGUUUGAUCGACAACAGUGCGUUGUUAAUAAAGCAACAUCAUGCGAUAAUUGUAGAAUUAAAGAUGAUUUCACUAUGUUAGACGCAACAGAUCAGGCAAAGAAAAUUAUGCAAGGAGUCCGUGAAAUGAUUCAAAUGAGGAAUUGUAAACUCACAGCAGUACUUCUCACAGACAUAUUUAAAGGAAGCGAUCUCAAGAAAAUUCGGGAGGCAGGUCUUAAUAAACUUUCUUUAUAUGGGUAUGGCAGAUCAUGGAAUAGGGGCGACAUAGAACGUUUGCUACAUCAUAUGGUGCUGGAAGGAUAUUUGCAAGAGCAUAUGUAUAUCAAUAACGAAAUUGCUUGUGCUUAUGUUAAAAUUGGUCCGAAUGCAAGUGAACUUAUGACAAAAAACGAUGCGAAGGUCUUGAUUCCCAUGAGAUCAUCGAAUAACACCAGUACCGCAGUCGCAACUGUAUCUACAGUGACAAAGAAAGUUGAUAAAGUCCUUCUGGAGCUGCAAGACCGUUGUUACAAAGAGCUCAUGGAGAUAAUAAAAGGAAUUGCUGGAGCGCUCGAUAUUUCGGCAUCUUCGGUAAUGAAUAUGAUUGCAAUCAGGGCGAUGAGUCAGAAGCUACCAGAUAGCGAAGAAGCUAUGUUAGAAAUACCACAUGUUACUAAGGCAAAUUUUGACAAAUACGGGAAAGCUUUGUUGGAUAUUACACAAAAAUAUGCUGCAGAAAAAUAUGUGCUAUUAAAUGAAGACGUGGCAGAGAGUAAUGACAGCAAUGAUGACGAUAACGAUACGUGGGAUACCGGUGCUGCUACAAAUUAUGGUAACACGUAUACAACCCGCGGCAGAAAACGUAAAGGUAGAGGCGGUUAUCGAAAUACCGCUAAAAGAAUCAAACGAACGACAUCGAGUACACGGAGAGGAAAGACUACGGAAAAAGCAAAAGUUACAACAUCAAGCAGGGGUCCAGGACUUGUAAGUUUUACCCAAAGGAAAGAAUACCUCUCAAAUCCUAAUAGGUACAUGCAAAUUAGUUAGUAUUCUUUUCUUUUGUAAUAUACCUUUGUAU